GCUCCUCUUUAGGGCCCCUUUUCUUGCCUUGAGGGCUCUGUUUGCCUUCUCAUCCCCUGGAGGAGAUCAAGGCCAUGGGUUGGUCUCUGCUGCUGCCCCUGUUUCUGCUGCCAUCAACCAGCAUUUCUGCGAACUGGUGACUCAGCGGGAUUCUAUCAGAUCGACCAAUCUGCACGCCUCUCAGCCCCCAUGGGAGGCUCCAUCCAAAUCCCCUUCUCCUUCUAUUACCCCAGAGAAUUAGCUGCUUUUCCCAACCUGAGCAUAUUCUGGAGACGGAGACACUUCCACGGGGAGUUCUUCUACAACACAACCCCGCAUUUCAUCCACAAGGAUUACAAGGGCCGGAUCUACCUGAACUGGACAGAGGAUCAGAAGUCUGGCUUCCUUAGGAUCUCCAACCUGGGGCGAAAGGACCAGUCUUUUUACUUCUGCCGAGUCCACCUGAAGACAAAGAGAGAUGGCUGGCUGUUGUGGCAAUCCAUCCAGGGCACCAAUCUCACUAUCACCCUGGCUGACAGGACCACCAUGCAGAGCCCCACCAACAAGACCAGCAGAGCCACCACAGCUGGUAUCACAGUCACAGAGGACAAACAUUGCUCAGGAUCUCAGCCCCUCAGUCUGGAGACUGCACUCAGGGUGGCAGUGGCCACCUCUGUGCUCAAAACUGUCAUUUUGGGACUGACAGUCUUCCUCAGAUGGAAAAGAAGAAAAGGUGACUCAGCGGGAUCCAAAGUACUCUAUGGGGUUGACCAACCUGAAUACCUCUCAGCCCCCAUGGAAGGCUCCGUCCAAAUCCCCUUCUCCUUCUAUUACCCCGGAGAAUUAGCACCUGUUUCCAAUGUGGGCAUAUUCUGGAGACGGAGAAUCUUCCACGGGGAGUUCUUCUACAACACAACUCCACCUUUCAUCCACAAGGAUUACAAGGGCCGGAUCUACCUGAACUGGACAGAGGAUCAGAAGUCUGGCUUCCUUAGGAUCUCCAACCUGGGGCGAAAGGACCAGUCUUUUUACUUCUGCCGAGUCCAGCUGAAGACAAAGAGAGAUGGCUGGCUGUUGUGGCAAUCCAUCCAGGGCACCAAUCUCACUAUCACCCUGGCUGACAGGCCCACCAUGCAGAGCCCCACCAACAAGACCAGCAGAGCCACCACAGCUGGUGUCACAGUCACAGAGGACAAACAUUGCUCAGGAUCUCAGCCCCUCAGUCUGGAGACUGCACUCAGGGUGGCAGGGGCCACCACUGUGCUCAAAACUGUCAUUUUGGGACUGACAGUCUUCCUCAGAUGGAAAAGAAGAAAAGGUCAGAAGACUAAAGCCCCAGCCCCAGCCAGGGAACGGGGCCAAAACAUGGAGGAGAAAUAUGAGAAUAUUGGGAAUGAAACAGGUGAGGACACAGUGUCAGCCCCUGCACAGGAUGCAGCAACAGGGCACCAUCUGGAAGGGGAGACUGUGCCCACACCGGACACCAAGGCUGCCUUCGCCUGGAUCUUAGGCUGCCAGAACAAUUUGUCUGAGAAAUUCCUUUCUGUGUUUUACAAAUCACCCAGUCCCAGGUAUCAUGUUAGAGCAGCACACACAGGCAGAUACCCUCUCAGGCCUGAGCGCACUGGUACCAACUCACUGUCACCCUCCCAGUGGGAGCCCCCAGGAAAGGACCCCCUCCUCUUCUUAACAGUGAGAGAAACCUCUUCACCUGAAACAAGACUGAAUGCUGACCUCCUCAGACUGAGCUGUGCUCCCAGUGGGAAGGAUCACAGCUUCCAGCCAUAACCAAGGCCGGACACAGAUAACUCAGAGGUCAGCAGGUGUGGCUGAGAGACACACAGCCACACAUCUACUCCAGUUCCCAUUUCACCUUCCUGGCCUUUGACCACAAAAAUGAAAGGGCACUGCAGUGUGAAUUGCUUCACAGAAAAAAAUAAAAUAAAAGUACACCUGAAUAUAUCUAAGGAGAAAA